AUGAGCGACUCCACCUCGGGGUCGCAGGACGCCGCAAGCGACGCCAAGAAGAAGCACCGUCGCAACCGCACCACAUUCACCACGUACCAGCUGCACGAACUCGAGCGCGCCUUCGAGAAGAGCCACUACCCCGACGUGUACUCCAGGGAGGAGCUCGCCCUCAAGGUCAACCUCCCGGAGGUCAGAGUGCAGAUAAAGAAGUACAAAAUAAACAAGCAAGAGAAGAAAAGAAUAAAGUGUAAAAGCCCGAGUCAGGCAAACGGACAGCCGGCCACUCGCGUUUUCCCGCCAUUAACCCUUGAAAUGGCGUUACAAUUGGCGAGAACGACGCAACCAAGUGGGAACAAGUGCCUUUCCCCGCGCCCAGUGACUAGAAGUUACCUCAUUUUGGCCAAGGAAGCGAGACAAGGCUAUUGUUUAGACGGCUGUCGAGGGACUCGCGCCGGCGGGGCUCUGACGGAGGAGGCGGAGGAGGCGCGCCCGGAGGGAGUCCUUCUGAGGGAGACGCGGCCGAGCGGGAAGGAUGAGGUCCUUGUUUUGGGAAGCGGGCUGAAGGGUGAAGGAUCAAAGGGCGUUAAAGGUGCGAGGAGCAUGAGGCUAGAAUCCAGAGCAUCCAGAAAGAUGAUGCCUGAAACAAAGACUACAAAAUGGCGGAUAACUUACGAGGCAAAGAUGGCUUCGUGUAGUACAUGUCAUCAAUGUACAAUUAACACAAACCCUGUCACUGCCACUCCUCUGCUGACAACACGGUUAUUGAUUCCAUGA